ACUACGGAAGUUCAAAACUCAAACUCAAACAACAACAGCAGACUCUCUCCACUUCCUUAAACUCUGCGAACAAAAAUUAAAAACCAAAAUACAAUUCAGAUUCAGAGAAAUUCAUUUAUUUAUUUAUGGUGAUGAAUCAGAGCCGUUGAUUAUGAAUCUCUCUCUCUCUUCCUCCACUUCUUUAUCGACCUCAUCAACCACAUCGUCGUCUUCGUCUUCUUCUUCUUCGACGUCGUGGUUCUCUGGCAUUGUCAGAGGCCGCUCCGGCUCCGCCAAGAUGAGUAGCAACUCCUCCGCCGCUGCCGGCUUUGGUGACAGUGUUUCUCCGAUUGUAAAGAAGAAUCACUGGCGUGGUGUGCUCUUCAAGUACGGUCCCAAGCCUAUUCAGGUUGCAUUUAAAACAGGUUAUUAUAAACAACGAGUAAUUUUUAUUGGUGGAUUAACUGAUGGCUUUCUCGCCACAGAAUACUUGGAACCUCGUGUGUUAUUUCCAAUGUUUUGUCAUGCCAUAGGGAGUUACAGCUAUUCCUAUGCACAGACGCAAUGGAGCUUGAUCAGCAGAUCAGUCAUUUAAUCAACAAAGAAGAUUCUGAAGGUGUGGUACUACUGGGGCAUAGUACUGGUUGUCAGGAUAUUGUGCAAUAUAUGCGUACAAAUGCUGCAUGCUACAUGCUUCAGAGCAGUCCGUGCUGCCAUUUUGCAGGUACUCACCUAUCAAUACCCUGCUCUGCUCCUUGUAAUGUAAAAGCUUCAAAGAUCUAUAUAUUCAUUCCUAAAUGUAAACCAUUAGUUGUGCUUCUUGAUGUUAGAAUGAGUUUCUGCAGUGAAUGGCAUGGCUUUUAGCUGAAUACAAAGGCUUUUUUGUGUGUCCUUGUUUAA